UUUGUGGGAUAUAGCGUAAAAGCUUGUGUGUGUACCAUACGGCUUCUCCAUCCUUCCGUUCAGGUAGUCAUGGAGGUAGUAGUGGACUUCAAGGAUGCCCACCUUCUCACCAAGGUGGCUUUAGUCACAAUCUCUGUGGCGGACUUGAUCUUACUUAUUGGAGUAUCGACGAACUAUUGGUACCAUGAAUCAUACCGCUAUCUCAUACACCUUGGUAACCCUCAUUUCGGGCUCUGGAGGGGAGGAUACUACCUGUCCUUUUGGCAGGCGACCCAGGCCAUGGAAUGCAUCGGAUUGAUCCUUGGAGUCAUUGCUCUCAUCCUCGUUAUCCUCUACCUGUUCGUCGACCAAUUCAGAGGGAACAAAAACAUCGUCCUCUACUCACUCGUCUCUGCCAUAGCCGCCGGUAUUUUCAUCACUAUCGGUAUCAUCAUCUGGGGAACACAUUACCCCUCCUACCAACUCGGCUGGUCGUUCGCCCUGGCCUGUGUGGGCGGAGUCUUCCUCUUCUUAGCCGGCCUUCUCCUCAUCCCAGAGAAGAAACCCCAGCUGAUCUAACUCAGGCUGACCACAAACUGCCACCAUCACCGUCAUGAGGGCCUUAUGCUCACCCCUGGGCUUUGGUCGGAUGUCAUCAUUUCUUUAUCAGAAGACUGUCAAAUCUUAAUUAUAACCAGAAGUGAAUGUCACUCAUUCCGUUGGGCUGUCUCUGCCACCGCAAGGCAGAAAUAUUCAAAACAAAGAAGUUUGGUUUCAUUUGAGUUAAUUGCCAGGUAUAUACCAGAGAAGAAAGCCGCACACUUUUCCCUUUGUGGAGGAUUUAUAAAAGAAAGUUCAGACGAAAUUGUGUACAUGGCGGUCGGUAGAUAUGCACCGAGAGGCAGUAUGGGGAAUCUGAUCAGCGAAAGCCUCUUCUUGUAAUUUCGCAGGGAGAAUUUUCUCCACAAGUGACGUCAUUUGAGGGAUAUUCUCCGUAGGUGACGUCAUCUUGCUACACAUAGAGAUAGCGUAUAUUUGCGACAAAAAGUCUCCCUGCGAGCAUCCACGAAAGAGGUCCCUGAAAUUUGACAAAUCAAUUGCCAUAUUACAAAGGACUCAUUACCUUGAUGCAAGAUCACCUUGGUAACGACGCCAUUGCUUUCUAAGAUGGGUUAUUGUGGCAUUCUGAAUUCUGAAAAAGUUCUGAAUUUCAGUCAGAUGCAUGAUUUCAAGGUUGUGUCGCUUCAUAUUGUUAAGUUUUUAGAAUCGUUGUUGACCUAUAGAGUAUAUCUGCUAAUGAAUUUACAAUUAAAAGUUUGUUUUUGUUGGAUGAGCUAGGUCAUGACAGUUUUACGAGAAGGUCAUGACGGAACUGCACAUGUACCCGGAAUGCACAAAGGUGGAAUACAUGUACCUCAUCGUCAAAUAAAUAAAUUGUCACUUUCGAAAAUAUGGUAAGAUAAUACUUGUUAGUUUCAUUUAAAGGACAUUUUUGGAUGUUCUGACCUUUAGUCCUUCUGGUUACUCUGAUAACAUAUGGUGUGCGCUCCCAUGUAAGGCCUGUAGACGACUAGAUGGUAAUUGUAGUUAGCUCAACUGCUGUGUUUAUGUUAAUGAAAAUGUUAUGUACAGAAGACGUUUACAAAAUCACUCUUUAACACUGUCUGUAUUUUAGGAAAUGCGCAUAAUAUGUGGUUCGGUGUACUUUUAUGUUCAUUCUUCUGCGUUACAAAUUAUGUGUGUAUAAGUCUAUGUAUAUCACUUUCUCAAUAAAGAAACAUGUAGUCUA